AUGGUGAAGCUAGCUGCCAAGUGUAUCCUGGCAGGAGAUCCAGCUGUGGGGAAGAGUGCUUUAGCCAAGAUGUUCUACAGUAAUGGGGCUCAUUUUCAGAAGAACUACACACUGACAACGGGUGUGGAACUGUUGGUGAAGGCUGUAUCAGUUCCAGAGACAAGUGAUCGUGUGGAAUUCUUCAUUUUUGACUCUGCAGGAAAAGAUCUAUUUUCUGAAAUGCUGGAGAAGCUGUGGGAGCAACCUAAUGUCUUGUGCCUUGUGUAUGAUGUCACUAAUGAGCAAUCUUUCAACAACUGUGCCAAGUGGUUAGAGAAGCUGAGGGCUCAAGCAGUUGGAGUGCACAUCCCAGGUGUCUUAGUGGGGAAUAAAACAGACCUGGUUGGUCGUCGAGUUGUGGAGCAGAAAGAAGCACAGGAGUGGGCUGAGAAGCAUGGUCUGGAAUACUGUGAGAUGUCAGUGAAGGAGAUGAAAAAUUUUGAGGCCCCUUUCCUCAUCCUGGCAAAGUCAUUCCACCAACUCUACAAAGAGAAACUGGAAACUUUUCACUCACUAGCUCGAGGGCUGUGA